AUGGCGGGCCAACAGCAGCAAAUUCUUGAUACCAUCUUCAGCAUGAAGAGGAAGAUGCUGCGAAAAGACGACUCCGACACAGAGGACUCCGAAACACCCUUGAAUAGCAACAAGCAGGAUCUGAGGCGCAAGGUUCAUUAUGCGCGCGCCAGCGACCCAGACUUCCUUUCAGACCCGCGACCUUACAAGAAGCGCAUUGAGCAUGCCGGCUACCACAGGUCUAUCCUGCAGCGCAACCCUCCACGAUACGAUGCGGACGGUGAUGUCGUCGAAGUCGACGAAGAAUACGAAGACGAGGAAGAUGUGGAAGCUGUCGAGGAGAAUCCCUACGGCAACAUACAGCUCGAGAGCCUUCUUGCGCCGCUCACCUCCGCCGCCGACCUACCCAAUCACCCUGCCCUGAGCGUGGCAUACUCCUCUCGGCAUCUCACAGAUCUCGCAAGCGAAGCGGGCGCUCUUUCGCGAAAAGAGCAGGUCACCAACGCGCGGGCAAAGACUCUAUUCGUGAAACUGCAGGGCGACUCUACGUUUGCGCCUGCUGCUCUGGCUGCUAUGGGCAGGGCACCCUUUCAAGAACCGUGGGCUAGCAGCGCGAAUGAGCGUGCAGGAGAGGGAGAGCAGCAACAAAUCCAAGAUGCGGAGAUGCGCGAGACCAUAGAAAGUCCCCAUGACGUAGACAUGGAGGAUGCAGGCCAGCCAAAUGGCACUAGCCGGCAGACCGAGACCAACGGCGACUCAACUUCAGAGAGGGUCAAUGGCGCACAUCCUGUGACAAACGGAACGCAUGCCGGAGAUGCAGAGCAAGUGCAAGAAAAUGGAGAAGGAACGCCCGAAGAUGCGUCUGACACCGCGUCGCAACAAACGGCGCAUAGGAUGACGACGCGCAGACGAGCCCAGGCGCACGCAGCCUCGACUCCUUCCCCACCUCAUUCGCCCUCGAGUGGCGCCGGCGCAAUACAUCCUCUCUUCAUACAUCCGUCAGACUCGUUGCCAGACCGCGACUUUGGUCUUCCGCCGAACGAAGCCGAGGAGACGCGCAUGCUCCUCAUGGCCUACGUACAGAAGCAGGAGGAGGUCGCACGGAUAACUUCCGACUUGUAUCAGGGCCUACUACAAGCUGACCGCAUGAGGCAGGAUGUGUACAAAUGGUCAAAAGCGGAAGCCCAUGUAGGAGAGAUGAGCGAUGGGGAGGACUGGUAUGACCCCGAGGAGUGGGAGUUGGAUGGAGAACUCGCCAAGGGCCGAGAUGAAGAGGAGGACGAUACAGCUACUCGAUUGCGGAAGCAGAAGAGCCCCCGGACGCAUCCUGUUGUUUACAACUGCGCAGAUGUCACCGGGCUGUCGAGGUCUACAAAUGCACAUCGAACUUGUCCAGCAUGCAACUCGUCACUGCACAACCCCGACGAUGUGGUUGUCGCAAGUCUUAAUCCAUCAGAAGACUACAAGACGUCGGUGCUUAGUGGCCUGAGCCCAACAAUCAUUAUGGAAUGUGCAAGCCGCGGCUUGGCGUUCCAUAGCUAUCAAACGUCGCAGGAGAUUAUCUAUCAGGAGCACCUCGCAAAAGGCUUGACUGGCAAGUACGAUACGCUCAGUCAGCAGAUGGAUCAGCUCGUACAUGAUGCAAACUCGCAGAUCAAGGCAUUGCAGGACAAAACGCAGGUCAUGCAAGCCGAACAAGAAUCUCUCGAGAACAAAAACUUCGAACUCGCAAAGGCCUUCAAAGAAAAGACCAAAGCGCAUGCGCACUCCCAAGCUCUCUAUCAACAACUCAAGGGCAAGGUCAUGGCAUCGCAGGUAGCUCAUGCGGCUGGCGAUGAGGCGGCGUUCACACUUCAGACUGCUCGUGGAGACCGUUUCAUCGACCGCUUUCCUGGCACGCGGACGAGAACGGCCAACUACAGCCAAGUGAACAUGUCACAGCAAGCCGGUGGUGGUAGACCUCAUAACAGAGACUUUAGUCGGAGUUCUGGGAGCAGUGGACGACAGCAACAGGGCGGUGUUCAUCUCGGGCCCCCAUUCGACCCACAGUUGCAGAGACGGGGAUUGGGUGUGAGGCACAAUACUAGUCUCGGAACGCCUUCGCAAGCUCAUAGAAGCCAGCUGCCAGUCCUCGGUGGUUCACGUCAGCCUCCUCCGUACUUGGAUCAGGAUGCGCAUUCCUCGUACCAGAACUCGCCGAUGACCAGGCAGCCUCUCGCCGGCGGUGUUGGUGUGCGUGGCUUGGGAAACUUUUCGCUUGGGGGAAAGUCAAGGAGGACUGGCGGUGCAACCAACAAUGGUCCACUGGGAACAUAA